ACCAAGGCGCCAGCGGCCUCGGCGCGGUCGCUUGAGCGCUUGAGAGCAGAGAGCCGGCCUCCCCAAUCCAAACUCGCAGGAGCGCUCGCGUGGGAGUUUGUACCAGCGAGUGGAGCGCAGUCGCCCGGAGGACCACAAGGAGGAGGCGUCUGGAUCAUGGUCGCUCUCGGCUGAGUUUACGGCUGCGACUUUGAUUAUUGGCAAAUAAUCGCAGUAACAAUACCGAGCCCUCGGGCUGGCCACCGCCACAUUCAGUCUCUGCAAGCCCGCACACGACCGCGCGGCGCCCACCCCUGGACACUGAUCGUCAGUCCCAAACGAGCCGAUGGAAAAAUCCAAAAAUUUCCGCAUCGACGCCCUGCUGGCGGUGGAUCCCCCGCGAGCCGCUUCCACUCAAAGCGCGCCGCUGGCCUUGGUCACUUCGCUCGCGGCCACAGCAUCUGGCCCUGGUCGAGGCGGCAGCGGUGGCGGGGGGACCAGUAGCGGGGCAAGCCGCAGCUGCAGCCCAGUGUCCUCGGAGGCCACUGCAGCGCCGGGAGACCGCCUGCGAGCUGAGAGCCCGUCACCCCCGCGCUUGCUGGCUGCGCACUGCGCUCUGCUGCCCAAGCCCGGAUUCCUGGGCGCCGGAGGAGGCGGCGGCGCGGCGGGUGGGCCGGGCACUCCCCACCACCACGCGCACCCGGGUGCCGCCGCCGCCGCCGCUGCCGCCGCCGCUGCUGCCGCUGCCGGCGGCCUGGCACUGGGGCUGCACCCGGGGGGCGCGCAGGGCGGCGCUGGCCUCCCAGCACAAGCGGCUCUUUACGGUCACCCGGUCUACGGUUACUCGGCGGCGGCAGCAGCGGCUGCGCUGGCGGGCCAGCACCCUGCGCUUUCCUACUCCUACCCUCAGGUGCAGGGCGCGCACCCCGCUCACCCUGCCGACCCCAUCAAGCUGGGUGCCGGCACCUUCCAGCUGGACCAGUGGCUGCGCGCGUCCACCGCAGGCAUGAUCCUGCCCAAGAUGCCGGACUUCAGCUCCCAGGCGCAGUCGAACCUCUUGGGGAAGUGCCGAAGGCCCCGGACCGCCUUCACCAGCCAGCAGCUGUUGGAGCUGGAACACCAGUUCAAGCUCAACAAGUACCUGUCGAGGCCCAAGCGUUUUGAGGUGGCCACCUCGCUCAUGCUCACAGAGACCCAGGUGAAGAUUUGGUUCCAGAACCGCCGAAUGAAAUGGAAACGCAGCAAAAAGGCCAAAGAACAGGCUGCUCAGGAGGCAGAGAAGCAAAAGGGCGGCGGCGGGGGCGCCGGCAAAGGAUGCGCUGAGGAGAAGGCGGAGGAAGAGCUGCUGGGGCCGCCGGUGUCCGGGGACAAGGCCAGCGGCCGUCGCCUGCGGGACUUACGAGACAGUGACCUGGAUGAGGAUGAGGAUGAGGAUGAGGACGACCACUUCCCCUACAGCAAUGGCGCGGGUGCCCACGCUGCCUCGUCUGACUGCUCAUCCGAGGACGACUCGCCUCCCCCAAGGCCGGGCGGCCCGGGGCACCAACCUCCGCCCCAGUAGUUGCCUCAAGCUCGGCAGCAGGGACGCGCACGAUGGCCACCCGGUUGCGGGUUUCCAACCCCAUCCUGUGGCCAGCAGCCAGUCUGUCAGCCUGUCCCCGGACCAUGCAUCCAGGUGCAGGCUGGGGUGGGGGAUCCUAUUUGGGCCCUCGAAGAACAGCGAGAGAGGAGAGAGAGAGA